AUGCAGUUUCCAGCCGGCUCUGUAUGCGCUGAGAAAUUAGUCGCCGCUGUCUCGGCUGUUGGUGAUUAUUCUGAUCUGGUUCCCUUCUCCGCCUCCUCUUCCACUUUUCUCCUUGUCUACCUACUGGGCCAAGACCUUGGCUUUCUUCCGCCCAUCAGAAUCCUAAUCUGCACUUGUGAGGCGGCCACACCGAUGGCAAUUUUGAACUCAAAUCUUGUCAAUUUUCCCAUAUCUCUCGACCAGCAGGACACCUGCUGGUCUCGCCUGAUGAUCUAUGGUGUUAUUUUCUUUGAGGGUAAGCGGUGA